UCUCAUGAUUUGUAUUUCUUCUGUUUUUGUGUAGAUCUACGGCAUAAUUUCAACCAGAAAAAGAAUAAAAAAUCUAGAUCUCUUGGAUUACAAUUGAAAGCAACUAGGUAAACAACCCAAAUUUGAAUUUCAUUUGUUGUUUUGAUUUAGUGGAAACCCUAAUCUAUUCACCUUUCCUCUUUACCAAAACGUUUGCUUGAUUCCCACUUCGCCACUGUAUAUUUUGUCUCGAACUCUCACGGCACCGUUGCAAUUUCAGAUUACUGGUGUUUUGUUUCGGUUUAGAUCUACAAAGAAAAAGAGGAUGGCAAGGAGGUUCGAUGGGUUUCCCCUAAUACCUUUGAUCAUUGUGUAUUCAAUUAAUCAAUACCUAUGUUCGUUUCUUGAGUGCUUUUGUGAUAUUUUUAAGAUUUGGUGCUUUUUUAAAGAUGGGAUACAAAAAUGUUUUUAGAGUUUUACAAGAGCUUUUUCCACACGUAUCAGUUGGUGUUUCUUUAUUGUUAUGUAAUGAUGAAGAUAUGUUGGUGUAGCUGCGGGAGUAGUUCUUGCUGAGAUGAUAGGUGAUGAUCUCCAUGAACAUCCACUUACAACUGGUUCUUUAAGUAAUAGUCAGAGCUCACUCAGUUUCGUGCAGAUUGAUUACACAUUUUGGGUAUUAGUAGAGUUGCGUGAUUUGUAUAGCUAAUGUGUUUUAUGCAUUCUUAAUUUGAUGGUUAUAGUUAGUGGCCAAAAAAAACCUUAAGUUGAGUCAAUUAUGGAUCAUGCAGUUGUUAAUCCAUGUAUCGCUGAACAUUCAACUAAAGUUCACGUUUCAACCAUUGAUGGAAGUUUCCUUGGUGCAACGAGAGGGAACUGAAGACUCCGUGUUAACAGUUGAUGACAUGUUGGUUGUCCAAAAGACAGAUUCCCCUUCAAUUCUUCUCCGCCCGAUUCAUCCUUCUCAUUGACCAGGUAUACAGUCAACUACAGGGAAGCAUACGACAUCUUUGCCUGCAAUGGCAUACUCUUCAACCAUGAACCACCUCGAAGAGGUGAAAACUUUGUGACAAGGAAGAUCACGCGGGCAGUAGGCCGGAUUAAGAUCGGGCUGUAGAGCAAGCAAUUUUCAGGGAAUUUGCAGGCUUCAAGAGACUGGGGAUUUGCGGGGGAUUACAUGGAGGCAAUGUGGUUGAUGCUACAGCAAGACAAGCCAGACGACUAAGUGGUGGCAACUGAGGAAUCACACAUAGUUGAAGAGUUCCUUGAAAAGGCGUUUGGGUACGUGGGGUUUGAACUAGAAAGAUCAUGUGGAGAUCGAUAAGAAGUAGUUAGGCCUGCGGAAGUUGAUAAUUUGAAAGGCGAUUCAAGCAAGGCCAGAAAAGUUCUUGGAUGGAAACCUAAAGUUGGAUUCGAGCAGUUAGUGAAGAUGAUGGUUGAUGAAGAUAUUGAGUUGGCUUCUAUUAGGGUUCUUCCACAUAAGAGGGUUUACCAGAACAAUGGUUACCUAAUGGUGUCAUGCAAUGGAGGACUCAAUCAAAUGCGGUCUGCGAUUUUUGACAUGGUUGCAAUUGCAAGAGUUUUGAAUGUUACUAUUAUAGUUCUCGAGCUGGAUAAGACGUGUUUCUGGGCCGAUCCAAGGGAGUUUGAAUACAUUUUUGAUGAUAAUCAUUUCAUUACGUCUUUGAUAUAUGAAGUCCAUAUACUCAAAACAACUUCCUCCUCGGCUUCAAAAGAGAGCAGAUUUAGGAAUUGUGCAUACUAUGCCUCCCAUUAGUUGGUCUGAUAUUUCUUAUUAUAAUUAUCAA